AUGCAUUCAUUGUCGAGUAUAUUCUCAUUCACAAGCCCUGCUGUGAAAAGGCUUCUGGGCUGGAAACAAGGCGACGAGGACGAGAAAUGGGCUGAGAAGGCUGUGGAUUCUCUUGUGAAGAAGUUGAAAAAGAUUAAAGGGGCUUUAGAAGAUUUAGAGAAAGCACUGGCAUUUAAAAGUCCUCAUACGAAGUGUGUUACUAUCCCGCGUUCGUUGGAUGGUCGUCUGCAAGUCUCGCACAGGAAAGCCUUACCUCAUGUUAUUUACUGCAGAGUUUGGCGAUGGCCAGAUCUUCAGUCGCAUCAUGAGCUAAAACCUUUAGAGACAUGCCAGUAUCCGUUCGGUGCCAGGGAUAAGGAUGUCUGCAUCAACCCCUACCAUUACCGGCGUGUAGAAAGUCCAGUUCUACCACCUGUACUUGUUCCACGAUACAGCGACAUUCUAAGUCCCGGAGCCCUGCCUAGGUUCCAGCAGAUCCCAGAGCCAAGUAUGCCCCAGAAUGUCACCUACCCCUUCCCGCAGCACCCUUCGCCAAGCACCCCCUGUCCAAGUCCAGAGAGCACCGUGGGGAUAAACUAUCAAUGUGCCGACUCCACUCAACCAGGGCUUGCAGCUGGAGACCCCACACCCAGCGUUAACCUGGUAUAUGGAAUGCCAGGUCUAAGAGUGCUUGCAGGUGCAGACGUCAAACCUGUUAGUUAUCAAGAGCCUCUCCACUGGUGUACUAUUGCUUAUUAUGAACUGAACAACCGUGUGGGAGAGCAGUUCAAGGCAUCGCCCAGUAGCAUUAUUGUUGAUGGCUUUACAGACCCUUCCAAAACUGAUCGCUUUUGUUUGGGCACACUAACAAAUAUCAACAGAAAUUCAACAAUAGAAAACACUCGUAGGCAUAUAGGAAAGGGAGUUCAUCUUUGUUAUAUCAAAGGCGAGAUUUAUGCGGAAUGCAUGAGUGACAGUAGUAUCUUCAUACAAAGCCGUAACUUCAACUACAGCAACAACUUCCACCCAACAACCGUCUGCAAGAUCCUUCCAAACCACAGCCUCAAGAUUUUUAACAAUGAGGAGUUUGCCUCGCUGCUGAAACAGUCUAUUAACCAUGGAUUUGAGGCUGUCUAUGAACUCAACAAAAUGUGUGUGAUCCGCAUCAGCUUUGUCAAGGGUUGGGGGGCUGAUUAUCACAGACAGGAUGUGACAUCGACCCCAUGCUGGAUCGAACUGCAGCUCAACGGGCCACUACAGUGGCUGGACAGGGUGCUCACCCACAUGGGCUCACCCACGAAUACCAUUACAUCAGUUUCAUAA